ACUCAACAUUUUCCUAAACCUUUGUUCCAGCCAUGCCGUUCCACCCGAGCUUGUUUUGGACUAUUUUAAAACGCGGAACUUAAUUGUUUGCUUUCCCUUUUAACGGACGAUUGCAAAAUGGCCAGCAAUUCAGCAACACUUUAUAUCGAUUCAAGACGCGCGCUUAUAAUUGAAACUACAUUAUAGUACAACAUUAGAGUUUCCUGUGUUUAUAGGCUACAGGUUAGGAAGUAGCCAAAGCAUGGUGAUGCAGGGAUCCCUGGCAUUAUAUGAUAAUGUAGCUGUCAGUGGUUUCAGUUUACUAUAGUUGGUAAAUACGUGACCUGUUUCCCUAUGAUGUUUCGUGGAAGGUCAGAACUUCGUACUUGGUUUUCUGUGUUAGAACCAUAGACUAAAAAUAGAUUAGAACGUUGCUGUUAGUGAGUGAAGGGCUAAUUAGUUAUUUCCUCCAUUCCAAGCCAGGUCAUUACAACGAGUGUAAUCAUCAUCCGGAAAUUUUAUCCCUGCUUACCUACUAAAUGGUAACCAGGAUAGUUGGUAUUCUUCCUCGCAGCUUGGCUUGAAAAGUCUUACAUUUAUUGUAUACCUGGAAUGCAGCACCAUUGUUUCCCCCUGUAAUUACGACCUUCACUUACUAGUUCUCAGCUAUAAAUUACACCUCAUUGUUGAACCCCUUUUGUGAUUCUGGUCAUCUUGAACGGAAGCGUCAUGGGUAGUAAAUAAUUUACAUGCCAUGGCUGCUAACAGCAGAAUUUGAGAGAGCCCGCAGCGGGUGGUGUUGCUAUUAGUUGCCCAGUACAGUCAAAUAUGCUUUGAGUCUCUGGUAGAGUCAGUCGGGUCCGUACAGUUUAGUGGCCACUGCUAAGGGGGCGUACGGUAGCACUGAUCUGCGCCUGCGUUACAGGACCUCCAUUCUUGCGCGGCAGCGUGUAUAUGCGCCUGCUCGGCAGCACUGCGCUGCGCACGCGCAGCAGCGUCUCCAUUCUCAUCCUGCAGUGUACGGGGUGGAGAGGAAUCUCAGCGCUGCUGUUUAGCUAAUAAAAAGCGCAUUUUCAAUUAGCCACACUAAUUGCACAGAGUUGGGCAUGGACUCCCAGGAAGGAAGCACUACUGAAUUAUGAAGCACCGCCCUUCCGGACCUUCCCUCUCCGUCUCGAGUUACCGCCGUCUCCGCCGUCAUCAGCGCUGCUGCCGCUAGCUGUGUUUGGCCUCCAUUUUUUAAAAAAAAGGCCCCAACCACCACCAGCACCAGCUGCCACCAAGACACACAUGGUGCAUUGUUGCCAUUCUAGAACCCGCGUCUCUGAGCUGUGGCAUCUCGCUCGCCCCCGGCGAAUCUAGGGUCAUCCCUUUCGGGAUAAAAAUAAAAAGCCGUGUGUGUGUGCGCGCGCGCGUGAGCGUACGCGUGUUCUUCUGUUUAAUCCGGGGGCACACACGCCCGCGGGCCGCUGCUAGCUGACGCUCCCCUGGUCUCUCGCGGGGGGAGUUUGGGCCUGAACAUGGAGCCCAGCAUGGAGAGCUGCCUGGCUCAGGUGUUGCAGAAGGACGUGGGCCGGCGUCUGCAGGUGGGGCAGGAGAUCAUCGACUUCAUCGCCGACAGGCAGAAAUCCCAGGACCUGGAGCAGGACCAGACCAUGCUGGACCGUAUGGUCGACGCAAUCGCCACCACCUGGGUCAACUCCAGCAACUUCAAGGUGGCUUUGCUAGGAAUGGACAUACUGUCAGCCUUAGUGACCAGGUUACAGGAUCGCUUUAGAACACAGAUUGGAACAGUGCUUCCCAGCUUGAUGGACCGUUUAGGGGACUCAAAGGACCAGGUGCGCGAACAGGACCAAGCUCUGCUGUUAAAGAUAAUGGAUCAGGCUGCUAGCCCACAGUACGUAUGGGACCGAAUGCUCGGGGGAUUCAAACACAAGAACAACAGGACCAGGGAGGGGGUCUGUCUUUGCCUUAUCGCCACACUAAACGCAUACGGAGCCCAAGGCUUAACCCUUAGCAAAAUUGUGCCCCAUAUAUGUAACCUCUUAGGAGAUCCCACAAGUCAGGUUCGGGACGGGGCCAUAAACUGCCUGGUGGAGACGUACCGGCACGUGGGGGAGAAGGUGCGGAUGGAUCUCAGCAAAAAGGGCAUCCCGCAGUCACGGUUAAAUGUCAUCUUCAGCAAGUUUGACGAAGUCCAAAGAUCUGGGAACAUGAUCCUCUCCUCGGCUUCAGAGAAGAACUUCGACGAUGAGGACUCCGUGGACGGGGGCCGGUCCUCUUCCUCCAAGUCGGCCCCGGCAAGCGGCCGGAAGGUGGUGAGCAUGGGCUCCAUACGCCGGCCCGGCACGGCGGCGCCCAAGGGGACAGGGAAAGAAGGCGCAAGUGCAGGGGCGGUGGACGAGGAAGACUUCAUCCGCGCCUUUGAAGAUGUGCCCACACUACAGAUUUACUCAAACAGGGAGCUGGAGGACGCCAUGAGCAAGGUCCGUGAGGUUCUGUCUGACGACAAACACGACUGGGAGCACAGAAUCGUUGCGCUGAAGAAGGUGCGGUCUCUCCUCCUGGGGGGAGCGGUGGAGUUCGAGGGCUUCUUCCAGCAGCUGCGCCUCCUGGAGGCCUCCUUGAAGCUCUCGGCCAAGGACCUGCGCUCGCAGGUGGUGCGGGAGGCCUGCAUCACGCUCGGCCACUUGUCCUCGGUCCUGGGGAACCGCUUCGACCACGGCGCGGAGAACAUCAUGCCCACGCUCCUCAACCUGGUGCCCAACAGCGCCAAGAUCAUGGCCACGUCCGGGAUGGCCGCCAUCCGCCUCAUCAUACGGCACACUCACUACCCACGCCUGAUCCCCAUCAUGACCAGCAACUGCACCUCCAAAUCUGUGGCAGUCAGAAGGCGCUGUUAUGAGUUCCUGGACCUGCUGCUGCAGGAGUGGCAGACGCACUCGCUGGAGAGGCACGUGGCGGUUCUGACCGAAACCAUCAAGAAGGGGAUCCACGAUGCCGACUCGGAGGCCCGGUCCGUGGCCCGGAAGUGCUACUGGGGUUUCCAUGGACACUUCAGCAGGGAGGCGGAGCACCUGUUCCAGGCCCUGGAGUCGUCCUAUCAGAAGGCCCUGCAGUCUCACCUGAAGAGCUCCGACAGCAUUGUGUCCCUGCCUCAGUCUGACCGCUCCUCCUCCAGCUCCCAGGAGAGCCUAAAUCGUCCCCUGUCGGCCAAGAGUCACAUUGGAAGCAGCAUAAGCCGAACCAAAGGGGUGGCCCCCCGGGUCUCGUCCACCCCCGGCUCCCUCCAGCGCUCCCGCAGCGACAUCGACGUCAACGCCGCCGCCAGCGCCAAGCACAGGAUGACGGCCGUGCCCUCGGCCUCGCCCUUCAGCUCGGCCGCCGCCCUCCCCCCGGGGUCCUACGCCUCUUUAGACGGCACGUCGGGUAGACCCGAGGGACGGGUGCGCACUAGGAGGCAGAGUUCGGGCAGCGCGGUCGGGGUGAACACAGCUGUGACAGACAGCAGGGGUCGCAGUCGGGCCAAGGUCGUGUCGCAGUCCCAGCGAUCCAGAUCAGCUAACCCUACUGGUGCCGGAAGCCGGUCCAGCUCCCCGGGGAAGCUCCUGGGGCACACCUACGGGAGGGUCCCGCGAGCCGCCGCCGCCGCCGCCGCCACGCCCGCCGACAAGCGCACCAAGAUCCCCCGCAGCCAGGGCUGCAGCCGCGAGACCAGCCCCAGCAGACUGGGCCUGGCCAGGAGCAGCCGAAUCCCCCGCCCCAGCAUGAGUCAGGGCUGCAGUCGCGAGAGCAGUCGGGACACCAGCCCCGCCCGGGGCUUCACCCCUCUGGCCUCUCGACGUCACUCCCGUUCCACCAGCGCUCUCUCCACGGCCGACCCCACCGGCCAGUCAGACCGUUUCGGGCUGGUCCACCAGGCCCGGAUCUCGGCCUCGGUCAACGCCAUGCGGGUCCUGAACACCGGGACGGAGGUGGAGGCCGCGGUCGCGGACGCCCUGCUGUUAGGAGACUCCCGGAAUAAGCGGAAGCCCGUGCGGCGGCGGUACGAGUCGCCGGGGAUCUACUCAGACGACGACGCCAACAGCGACGCCUCGAGCGCCUGCUCGGAGCGCUCGUACGGCUCGCGCAACGGCGGCGUCCCGCACUACCUGCGCCAGACCGAGGACGUGGCCGAGGUGCUCAACCACUGCGCCAGCUCCAACUGGUCCGAGAGGAAGGAGGGCCUGGUGGGCCUGCAGAACCUCCUCAAGAGCCAGAGGAUACUCAGCCGAGUGGAGCUGAAGAGGCUGUGCGAGAUCUUCACCAGGAUGUUCGCAGAUCCACACAGCAAGCGAGUGUUCAGCAUGUUCCUGGAGACGCUGGUGGACUUCAUCACCAUCCACAGGGAGGACCUGCAGGACUGGCUGUUUGUGCUUCUCACGCAGCUGCUGAAGAAGAUGGGCGCCGACCUGCUGGGCUCCGUGCAGGCCAAGGUGCAGAAAGCGCUCGACGUCACCAGGGACUCGUUUCCCUUUGACCAGCAGUUCAACAUCCUGAUGAGGUUCAUCGUUGAUCAGACACAGACUCCCAACCUCAAGGUGAAGGUGGCCAUCCUGAAGUACAUCGAGUCCCUGGCCCGGCAGAUGGACCCCGCCGACUUCGUGAACUCCAGCGAGACGCGGUUGGCCGUGUCCCGCAUCAUCACCUGGACCACCGAGCCGAAGAGCUCCGACGUCAGGAAGACCCUUCAUAACUGGGCGGGAGAGGAUUUGUCAGGCAGGCCCAGUACCACGCCCUCGCUGCCCGGGGAGGGCAACCUGGAGGAGAGGUGCAAACAGGCCGCCCAAGUGGUCCUGAUCUCGCUGUUUGAGCUGAACACGCCCGAGUUCACCAUGCUGCUGGGAGCUCUGCCCAAAACAUUCCAGGACGGGGCCACCAAACUCCUGCACAACCACCUGAAGAACUCCAGCAAUGCUAGUGUGGGCUCUCCAAGCAACACCAUCGGACGCACCCCCCCUCGGCACCCCACCAGCCGCACCAGCCCCCUCACCUCCCCCACCAACUGCUCCCACGGGGGGCUUUCACCCAGCCGGCUGUGGGGCUGGAGUGCCGACGGGCUGUCCAAGCACGCCCCUCCCCCUCCGCCGCCGCACCCCCUCCCCGCCGCCCCCUCCCUCAAGGCCUUCCGCCGCGCUUACUCUCCCAGCAUGCUGGAGUAUGACACGGAGAACAUGAACUCGGAGGAGAUCUACAGCUCCCUGCGCGGGGUCACCGAGGCCAUCCAGAGCUUCAGCUACCGCAGCCAGGAGGACCUGAACGAGCCAAUCAAGCGCGAGGGGAAGAAGGACGACGCCUCGGGUCGGGACGGGGUGGCGGCGUCCCCCGGCCUGGACCCGCGGCUGGGCGUGGACGCCGUGGAGGGUUGCCGAACGGCACUGGAUAACAAAACCUCGCUGCUCAACACCCCCUCCCCCCGCUCCUUCGCCGGGCCCCGGGUUCGAGACUACAACCCCUACAGCUACGGCGACACCAUCAGCGCCUACGACAAGAGUGCCCUGAAGGAGGCGGUGUUCGACGACGACGUGGAGCAGUUCCGAGACGGCCGUCGCCAGGACUGCGGUGAAAACAAGAUGUUACAUCCCAAGGGCUUUGCUCCUGGCAAAGGUCCUCUGGACCACUCGGACCUGGUAGCCGACCUGCUGAAGGAGCUGUCCAAUCACAACGAGCGUGUGGAGGAGCGCAGGGGGGCUCUGGUGGAGCUGCUGAAGAUCACGCGCGAGGACAACCUGGCAGUGUGGGACGAGCACUUCAAAACCAUCCUGCUGCUGCUGCUGGAGACGCUGGGGGACAAAGAUCACACCAUCCGGGCGCUGGCCCUGCGCGUGCUGAAGGAAAUCCUGCGCAACCAGCCGGCUCGCUUCAAGAACUACGCCGAGCUCACCAUCAUGAAGACCCUGGAGGCCCACAAAGACUCCCACAAGGAGGUGGUGCGGGCAGCCGAGGAAGCCGCCUCCACGCUGGCCGGCUCCAUCCACCCGGAGCAGUGCAUCAAGGUCCUGUGCCCCAUCGUGCAGACGGCCGACUACCCCAUCAACCUGGCCGCCAUCAAGAUGCAGACCAAGGUCAUCGAGCGCAUCGCCAAGGAGUCUCUCCACCAGCUACUGCCCGACAUCAUUCCCGGUCUGCUGCAGGGCUACGAUAACACAGAGAGCAGCGUACGCAAGGCCAGUGUAUUCUGCCUGGUUGCUAUCUACUCUGUGAUUGGCGAAGAGCUCAAGCCUCACUUGGCCCAGCUCACGGGCAGCAAGAUGAAGCUGUUGAAUUUGUACAUCAAGAGGGCCCAAACAACCAACAGCAACAGCAGCAGCUCCUCGGACGUGUCCACGCACAGCUAGCCGGAGUCGAACCCGCGGCACCCUGCAAGCCCGGCCACGGCGCGGACAGCCGUGCCUCGUCAAAAGACCUCCCCGUUCCGCGCGCUCCCCUGCAGACCUGCUCGAGGGGGAACGUUUCGCUUGUUGCAAUCAGUGUUUUCCUUUCAUCCUCUUUAUGUUCAUGUGAACCUUUUACUCCACGUUAUCCCCCCCCAAUACCUCCCCCUCCCCGUUGUUUUAUAGAAAGAUGAAUGUACGGAGUCCUGAGGCAGUGGUGAAUGCUUUUUUUACAGGUUGUUUUUUUUUUUCUCUUUUUUUAGUCUCCGAGACACGGGUGCGUCGCUCUGCAAUUCAGCCUCGCUGCGCCGGGCGUGUUUUUUUUUAACUGCGGUCGGUUACUUUAGCCAAGAGUGAAAAGUUAGGCGUGUGAGAAUGAGUCAGCAGGCCGGAGGCGAGGCCUACUCCGGGGCUCCCGAGCGAUACUUUCGGCAGCGGCCCUUAAAAUUUCAAAAAUGAAAAAGAAAACCGUUCUUAAAAAAUAAAAAUAAAAAAAAGGAAGUUCGCAGCAUUCCGCAAAGUCGCUGCUCUUCGGGUGUAAACGCUAAACUCUGAAGAGCCUGCAUUUGAGAAUCCUUUGUAAAGCGGCAGACUUAUUUUAGGCUUAGUCGUUCACUUGAAUUUCGGUUUGUGAUUGACGAUCAUUUGGCUGGCCCAGUGAUUACAUGAGAGAAUUGUAACAGGGGUAAAAAUUUAACACUGAGGUUUGGGUACAGUAAUAACCAAAAAUUGUAGUAUUAAAAUUAGCGUAUUGUAUUUCCAUUUUAUGGGACUUUUUAUUUAACCAGUGUCUGAGGACCACACUGUCACCCCUGUAUUUAGUCAAAUUUGCAUAGCAGUUUUGUCUGUUUUAUAUUUUACUUUUGUCAAUCACUAUGAAGGCCAGGUGAAAUGUUGUCUUUUAUUAUUUUAGUGACAAAUCAAGUAAAACAAAUCAGAAUGUUUUGUAGGGACCUCAUAAAAUGAAAAGUAUUAGCAGACUGACUUGCUGGCAAAUUGCUUAGCUUAAGGAAAGGAUGACAAAGCUACUCGUGUGUAGUGAUGUCCUUAUCAGUGUUCUCCUUAUUUUGUGUAAGUUAUUGAUCUCUAGUUAAAACCUAGAAUUGCGAGUUAGACCACAAAUGUGAAGACAAACAAGUGAGGAAAAAGAUCAAUCAGAGGUAAUCCUUUUUUUCCUGGAAAAACCUUGACAAUCGGAAAUGUUAAAAUGUUUAUAACUGGGAAAUACCUUGAGAUGACAUGUUUAAAUAUAAGUGCCAGUGAAUGAGAUUGUUCGCAGACCUGCUAUGGCAAGUGCUGCUUAUGAGCAAGCUGGGUCUGCCUGUUGCAAGAACACUGAUUUUUUUUUUUUUUUUUUUACUUUGUGGAGAAAGAAAUGUCCAUUUCUUGGAUGUGCUGAUAAGUCGAAGCACUGUAUGAAUCCCAAAUCUAUGGUAUUGUCAUCACAUUUUCAGAAUCACUUUUGACAGGAUUUGUCUUAAGAAAAUGGCAUUUCAAGUGUAAUUCCAGCACCAGAUUCCUGAUUACUAUGAAUGUUACUGGUACAUAUUUGGGGAACAGACACUUAAGACACUACCAGGCCUUACUUUCUUUUUCAAAGUACUGUUUCGCUAUGUGGACUGUUAAAUACAGUCUUUUCUCCUCUAAUGUGAAGACACAUUUAAUGCAUUUAAUGUAAUGCAUUUAAUAUACCAGAAUAAAGUCAAAGGAAGGAACCUCUGUUUAUAAUUCCAAAUUUGUUGUCACCUACCCCACUGUAUAGUCAUAAUUCUUGCAGUUGAAGAAAGAAAAUUAUAAAUGAGAAUCACAAUGUUUUGUACAUUAUUUUCACCGCUUCGCAGACUUAUUAGAAAGCAAAAUGGGUCAUUAUGAUCUCAUGUUUUGCACGUUAGCAAAUAGCCUGCAUGUUUCAGCUACACUUAUUUUUGCUGCUACUUGAUUCUGAUUUAACAACAAGCACCCUGGCCACUUUUCGCUGUCCACUUAACGUGUACAUACAGUAUUAAUUUCCGCCUGCGGAGCGACUGAGUCUAAAUGCAACGGCAUAAUGGGUCAACCAAAAUUUGAUCUCCAAACGUCCAUGUUUCCACGGGCUGCGGUCUGAUGCAAUUACAGAACAGACGUAUGAAGUACCCUUAGUUCUCAUGUAGUGCAACGUAUUGAGGCAUGUGGCUUUUCAAAAAGGUACACUAUGUGCGCGUGCCUUGGCUCUGUCUGACAGUACUUUUUAAAUGGCUUACUAAACCGCUUAAGACCAUGUACAAGUAAUUUGCAAUUUUGUCAUAUGGAAACCUCGACCCUUUGCAAAUAAUUGUCUAAUUUCUGUAAGGGGAAAGCCAGUGUUUUUGUAGAAGAUGACAAAAGUGGUUUACCGUUCAUAUUACUCCGCUGAUGCAUCGGCCAUUAGAAAUCGUAUCCUAGCAAAUCCUUCUCUGCGCAUGUUCUGUUUUUCUUUUUUCUUCUUUUUUUGCUUUUGUCAUGUAAUAUCCAUAUCUGUAUUUAUAUUUUUGUUUUAUUUUGUGUGUAUUAUGACAACUGUACAGACUACCCUUUUUUGUUAACACCCACCUGUGAUAGAAUUUGCGAAAAUAUAAACUUCAGUUUGCUCUAGAAAUAAACCGACUUCAAAGCUC